GUGGAUAGUACGUACAUAGCAUGUACAGCGAGCACGUCGAGCUAAUUUCUGCAUAGAUUUUGCCUCAGUCAGUCGAGCCAUCGAUCGCACAGUACGGCAUUUCCCCCUCCUGCCGCGACUUGCGUCUGUCUUUCUCGUGCAGGAUAAGCCUUUAAUGAUGAAGGGAUGUUGAGCAGGCUUGCUGCGAAUCUUUAAGCUGUGGAGGAUUGUGUAGUGCAGCGGUGGUUGCAUUUUGUGGUGUUCUGUCAGGAGGUCUAGCUGGCUAGAAUUUCGAUCUCCCUGUUUGCCUCAGAGGCCCCAGCUAGGUCCCUGGACAUUCUGGCACGGUAAUUAUUUCCUUGUACCGGAUCAGGGACUCGUGGGAACUGAGACAUUUCUGAUUUAAGAAGUGCGUCGGCACGUACGUCUUUGAUUUCCCAAGAUGGCGGGCAUGGCAGCCAAGAUGAUUUUGGGGAACAAGUUAGAUAGCGUCAAAGGAGAGCUUGGCAACCUAGGAGGUAAGGAGGUCACAGAAGAAGAGGCAGAACAAGCUCGGCUGAUUGAGGAGCAACGGCAAGAGCAAGAGAAUGAACGCAAAGCGCGACAUGAGAAGAUGGAGGCAGAACGUGAGGUGGAGAGACAGAGAAUACGAGAAAAGUAUGGCUUGAAGAAAAAAACACUUGAGAAAGAAGAACAACCAGAGCCUGACGACGCCGGCAGGAUCUCUCGGAAGAAGAAAACGCCGGCUGAGAUGCAAGCUGCAAUGGGAGGCGGUGCUGUGGAGGAGGAGGAGGAACAAGGUCUGGCCGACACUGUCAUGAACUUUUUCACGCCUCUCACAGAGAAAAUUACCAGCUUUUUCGGCAAGUAAAUUGUAUCAAAGCUGUCAACCGUCUGUUGUUUCUUCCCACCCCCCUCUUUUCCUCCCCGAGUCACUUCACAGUCAUCGUCUUGAGACAUUUUUCAAGACUUGAUGUCCCCCUCUGUAUUUUUUUUCCUCCCACGCAUUAUUUUAUUUUGCUGUCUGCUAGCACUGCAUGUAUAAGUUGUAUUGUGCUGAAGAGCAUUGAAUGCAUGGAUUAGAACCGUUUGAGACCGGCAUUCCAGGGUCGUUCACAAUUUGAAUAAUCAAGAGUGACGCCAUGCGAAAGAUUAUUGGAGUUGUUCAAAACAACUGCAGAGUUAAUGAAAAAAAAGUUCAUCAUGACUCUGAAGUGCCGUUAGCCUGAAACAGAUUUUUGCUCCAAGAUUGUGUGCUCUAUUUUUUAGUUUGUCCAAACUACAGCACGUUAAAUUUGUCAGGUGAAUGCAUACAUACUUGUAUGCAUUUAAACUUUGUUGGGCACACAACUUGCAUUUCUUUUGACAUGACAUUUGACAGAUACAUUGUAAUAACUUUCGAUGUGUGACUACAUCUGAAUCAGGGUUCCAAAUGUUCAAUACUUCAAUAAGCUUCAUUAAAUACGUGUUUACUCAAAAAUUUGAUGUUAGAUUAAUGUGAUAAUUUACCUUUCCUUUAUAUUACUCCAAUCCUUGUAAAAAUCAAGAUGGGCUUAGCAAUUCUGCAUAGUGCAAUUGUAUUUAUUAUGGAGUGAGUAAUAUUCAUAGCUUAAGUGUGUGUUCAAGUACCUUGUCGUCCUGCCUCUAUUGUAAUAAAAAGAAAUCAAGUCAUUGUCUUGUUCUUUUUUUUUUAUGGCUGAUGUACAUACAUGUACAUAAUGUGUAUGUACUGAACUAAACAGUUUUGUGUUCUUUCAAGAUUUCUGAUUACAAUUUUUACUUUCUUACUUUGGUACUUAAUUUAAUGCUUGUUUUGAAAAAAAAAGUUGUAUUUUUUUGUGUGAUUUUCAUUUGCAUAAGAUACGAUAGAGUAUCAAUGAUUGUGUUGUUAAUUGAAGUGUUUAAACAUAUGCUAGUACAUGUAUUUACCAUACAUAUUUGUUAUGUGACUUAAUACUCCUUGCUCAGUUGAUCUAACUGCCUGAUCAGGAGGCACUUGCAAACAAAUAUCAGUUUUCCAGCACUUUUUUGGUCCAAAGUUUGUCAUAUUGACUGCAGUCACAUUUAUGAAGGGGCUGUUGUGAGUUACAAAAUCCGAGACUGACGUCACAAGUCAAAGUCGUUAACUUGAUGUGAUAUUCUCCAACCCUCAGAAACAUAUCAAUAAGUUAGAUAAAGCAUGUCAUUCAAUUGCCACUGCUUUCUCCUUGCAUGCAGUAAGCUGGCUUACCAUCAUGUAGUGGGUUCAGGUCUUUAAAAAAUAAAUUGAGCUUUUUUUUCAGUGCAAAAUUGUCAGAAUUUUCCAACUGGAGAAAAGAACAAGCCCUUUAAACAAACGUGUGCAGUUAUGAUUCCUUUAAGCAUCAUGAAGCUUCUUUAUUGAAACCCGUAGUUCCCUCAGAUUUCAAUUAACAUCAAAACAAAAAGUUUUUUUUUAGUUUGCCCUUGCUUAUUUACUUUGCAUACGUGUGAUGAUGCUGGUAUUUGUUGUUCUUUCCCUCUUUUUUAUUUUCAUUUAUUAUUAUUAUUAUUAUUUUAACAUGUUAUCAUUUGAAAUAUGCAUACAUUUGUACUUCCACCGUAACAUUCUUAUAACCAGAAAAUAACAACAUUUUUUGUAUACCGACAUCCAAAACCACUGAUGGUAAGUAAGAUUUUUGUAAUAACAUGAAUUUCUUAUUUGGGGGUGCAAAUACAAACUAAAACACUUUGGAAAUAUUGAACUUCGGCCAACAAGUUUUAAAAUUCUUCACAGGGAGGAGUACACUGUCAAAAAAGGGUUUUAACAGUUUAUUUUGGAAUAUUUGUUGUCCUUAUUUCUCCAACAUUUGGAGGCUGUAAUAAUGACAUAAACUUCAAACAUGACAAUGGUGUUCCAUUGUGUGAAAUCAUUCCACCAAAAUUAAAAAAAAAAACCAAUUACUUUGAAAUGUUACUUCUAUGUUUCACAGCAACCGAAAUCCCAUGUGAACUUACCAAAAUAUAUAAUUAUACGUGUGGUUGAUAUUGUAUUUAUUGUUAAUAGAGUAUACUAUAGUAUAUAUAUAUAUAAUCUCCAUUUUUGUUAGUGUUGAAUACUUAUCUUUAUAUAUGAAUAUUUAUAUCUGUAUCUGGCAUUGCUGUAACAUACUAGUAAUAUAAUUAUAAAAAGUAAAGUGCAGUGGAUGUUAGUAUAAAAAUAGAGCAAGUGCAAUCAAGGCCGACCAUCGAUUAACGAGUGGUGUCUUCAAUUGUUCAAUGAAGGUUAAGCCAACUAAACAUUGCCCGGUUAACUUGCUUAUAAAUAUAAAUGUGGCAUGUGCAGUGUAAAAAUAUUGUAUUCUGUCUUAGUUUGAUUUGCUGAUUUAUAUGCGAGAUAACAUUUGGCAAAGUUCAAUCUUUGAAAACACAUCAAAAUCGUUUGUCAUUUAAACAAGACUUAUUUCUUUGACUGUUUCAAAGAAAAAAGUGCAACUCAAAGGAUUAAUUUGAUCCAGAACCACACCAAAUACAACUUUGAAUUUGUAAAUGCAAAUUAUGAAACUUGGUAGGUCCAUACGCUUUUUUAUUUCCCCAGAAUUUCAUCUUGUAACUUUGAAUGUUAUAUUCACUGCAGUGGGACCACCAGUACUUAUUAACAUUCCGUUAUUGAUACAAUCUACAGUCUUCUCUGAAAAAAAAAUACUGGUCCAAAAACUGACAUUUGUGUUGCUUUCAGGUCACAAAGCAACCUUUUGUGGGAAUGUAAUCCCAAGGGUCUUAAUUUCUGGAAGUAUAUUCCAGUUUAAGACCUUAUAUCUUACAUGCCUUUAUAUUCACCGUACCUUUUUAAAAAGGCAGCUUAAACUUAUCCUCUGCGUUUUUUCAUACAAACACAAAAUAUAAAAGAUAAAUAAUAUAUGUUAGAAAAAUGAAAAGAAAGUUGUACGUUUGUCAGUGAGUGACAGCAUAUAUGUAACAAAUGUAUUUAUUCAAAUGUUUGUAUAAUUACUUAAAAAUUACCUUACAAUUGAUUUUCAGAGACUAAGCUUGAGUAAAGUGGAUAAAUUUUAAGAAUAUUCUGGAGAAAUGUGAUAAGUGUGCGGAUAAUUGUCACAAAGUGGCAUUUGACUUCACUUUUUGGACCGAGUAUGAGCUGUCCUGAAUAGAGGAAACAUAUCGCAGGCUAAUCUGAUGGGGGUAUAAUUGAAACUCAGAAUACCAGCACAGAAACUAUCUGCUAUUAUCAGGAGAAGCGGGUUAAUAAAAUUGGCAAAUAACUUUUACCAAAAGAUUCAUGGUUCUUAAGAUUAAAGCCUUUCGCAGUGAGGUUUGUUAGCAUUUAGUUGUGUAUCUUAUUUCAGUUGGAUGUAUCUAUUUAUAUAAUAAGGGCCAAAUUUCAUAGCGCUGCUUAGUAAUAACCUAAUUUUUGUAAAUUAAAAAAGUACAACUUUAACACAGUGUUAUUUCACCGAUGGUUGCUUAGUGGUCUGCUUAAGCCAAAUUUGUUUGCGAAUAUUGAAGAAAAUGAUGGGCAAAUCUGAAGGGACCAUGUCAGAUAAAAUCUUUCUCAGGAUAUGCAGGAUAAUUUACCAAAUUAUUACGACUGUGGUAUCACUUCCGAAGAAUUGAUGUCAUGGUAACUAGAACAUUAACUUAAGUAUGUGGCUGUAAAUGUUCUGUCUGCUUGAUUACCAGUUGCUUGCUUAACCAUUGCUGUGAAAAGACAAUCUGCUAUGUGUGCCAAGUACAAAAACGUUUCUUAAAAAGUUCUAUGAAAUUUGGCCCAGUUUUGGUUGGUAGUGAGAUGAAAAAAUCAUAAUGUGCAAUAACUUUGUGUACUAUAUAUACAGUAAUUGUUUGUUAUAUCCACUUCCACUGUUAACUUAUUGAGUGUAUAACUUUUAUCCAUGCAAGAAAAGUAAAUGUAAUCUGUUUCCUUUCUUUCUGUACUAAAGUGUAUAAUAAACCAGUGAGUUGUGAGAAAUGUA